GAUAAUGAAACGUAACCCAACUCAAAAAGUUAAAAAGUACGCGAAGAGGUAUCCGGAGAGCGUUGUUCUGAUGUGGAUCGCAAAUGCACCAAAAACUGCUCGUAAUAAGAAUCCCAGCGAGUCCGAAAACAAACAAAAUUAUAGCAAAAAUGGCCUAAGAAACACAGUGAUAUUAACGGUUUCUUGCAGACUUCAGUCGUUGUACAUCCAUUUUUUGUACAACGUUCCCAACUCGGGUGAAUUGCUAGAAGUCAAUCUUAUGCGUCCGCUCGAUGAAUUAUUCGCGCAAACAUGUGACAAAAUAAAAGAAAAACUGCAAAAAUCAUUCUUGAAGCAGACGAAACAAAUGCUUUGUGAUGAAGUGUUGGACUAUGAAUUUGUCGUCUCAGCACCGUGCCUUCCAAAUCUGCUUUUAUCUACCAACGAACAAGUCUACGAGGACAAGGAAUUUGCGGAAUUGCAUAUCAAUGAUGAUUUUUAUCGUAUCGUACGAGAUCCGCCGCGAUGUACUAAGCUUGCUUUGAAACUAAAACCAAUCGUUGAAUGCCCAUUGAUGGCCACAUCGCAAAAAGUCGAUCCGUGUUUUCACUGGUACGUAGCGGACGCAGAUAUCUCACUGACCAUACCACAGUUAGAAAGCACUUCAGCUGGUCAGUCGAGUUUUUCAAUAAAGGAUUGGACAUAUCGCUGUUCCGGGCCGUUUUUCUGUCCUAGUAUAGAAGAUGUUGGGAAACGUGUUUGCGUGUUGUUGGAUAUGGGACCUGAUUCAAUAGUGCAGUGCAUAGCUAGUGAUGAUUUGGUAUCCGUGGUCGAUGAACCGCUCAUUUUUGAAGAAAGGCAGUCCUUGCAUUGCGAAUGUCGUGCAGAUAAUGGCUCUGUACGAUUGAUGUCUUACAACGUUCUUGCUGACCUAUAUCUAGACUUGAAGCUAAGGCAAGAAGAUUUGUAUUUUCCAUAUUGCCCAAAAGAAUAUCAAGAUUAUGCGUAUCGAUAUCCGCUCUUACUCAGAGAAAUUCCAGGUUAUAAUGCAGAUAUAAUAUUCCUGCAAGAAGUGGAUGAACGAUUGUGGUUGCGUUUUUUACCUGUUUUAAUGUCAGCUUACAAUUACGGCACUCAUUUUAAAAGGAAAGGACUGCAGGUUAAUGAAGGAUUGGUUAUCUGUUAUCGUAAUGAGCAAUUCAGUGAUAUUGGCUCAGGAGAUAUUCUGCUGCUUGCUAAUACCCAUCUGUUUUUUGAUCCACGUUAUGAAAUCAUCAAAAUAUUGCAAGCAUUGCUCUGUGCUCGAUGGAUUGCGCGCAUCGCUUGCGAAUGUGCAAUCCGAAAACCCGAACUGCGACUGCGCAUUUUAUUCGCUGGCGAUUUUAACAGCACCUCGGAUGGAGCUGUCUUUGAAUUGUUAAGCACUGGCAGCUUUUCCAACAGAUGUGAUUCUCUUACGUACAGUAAGUACUUACAAGAUGAUGUCGUUUUCACCAUUCAGCCAUCUUCAUCUAUGUAUAGUUUGAAAUUGAAAAGUUUGGCUGAUGAAACGCAAUUCACAAAUUUUACGCGUCAUUACCGGUACAGCGGAGAAAUUGCCGGUUUUGAAGGAUGUUUGGAUUAUAUUUGGGGGAGCGAAAACAUCGAAGUUGAAAAAGUAGUACCGAUGCCACCAAAAGAACUGGUGAAGAAAUACACUGCGUUACCGUCGAAGAUCUGUCCCAGCGACCACUUGCCUUUGGUGUGUGAUGUACGGUUUUGUUGAAC